AUGGAGAAUACAACCACGUCGAUUCUCCGCAAUCUUUCUGACCUAAGAAUGACAGAAUCGAGUGAGGCGACUUUCCAGUUUUCAGUAAAAUCCAAGGUUGUUUUCUCCGUAGAACUGUUGCUGGCCACUGUGACCAUCGGAAUGAAUAUCGUUAUUCUGAUAGCUUUCCACAUCGAGAAAAGGUUGAGGACCUACUCCAACCAGUAUAUCAUCAACAUCACCAUUUCCGAUCUCCUUGUGGGGUUCAUCAUGUUGAUUCGUUCUACCUUCGCCCUCUACAGAACCUGGGUAUUUGGUGAUGCUCUAUUCUAUGUCUUUGUCGGCGUUCAGAACACUCUUCUUGGAGUUUCAGUUCUCGGUGUUAUUGCAAUUUGCAUAGAUCGUUACCUCGCAACCUGGUAUCCGAUUCAUCAUUUCCAAAGAAGAAGCAAAACGGUCGCACAUGUCGUUAAUGCUAUCACCUGGGUCUUGUCCAUUUCUUUCUGGAUACCAAUCGCAACAAUCUGGGACUUGGUUAGCGGAGGAAAAUCUAAGUCAAAGAGCAUUGUGUUCAGCCCAAAUUAUGGUAACCACGUGUAUUCUAUUGUUGGUGUCACACUCUGCCGCAUGGCCAUUCCCUUUGCUGUGAUCCUGGUUCUUUACUUGAAGAUCUGUGUUCGAGUCAGAACUAGACGAAGGGAAAGAAUUUUGAAGAGAUUCAAGAGGUCUUCGAAAGUUGGAGUUGGGACUGAACCUCUUGCGGUAAAGGAGUAUAAGAUGAAAAAUUCGUGGACGAAACCACGAGAUGAUAUUGAUUUAAGAAAUAAUGCUUCUCGAAACGGUGUAAAUCAUUCUUCUCACGACCAUACGAUUCCUUGCUCCUCAAAUUUCGGUCAACGUCGUAUCAGAGAACAGAUCAAGGUUAAGGAAAGUAAGAGAGGAGAUCAUUCUGGCAUUUCUAUUGUUGCGCCUUCAUCUGAAAAGAAGCCAGCACGUCAAAUUACUGAUCAUGGGGUAUCAACGACCAUAUCUGCAAGGUUGCAACAUCAACAAAACAACAAUGCUGGUCAUAUACCAGUUUCAGAAAACAGCAAAGUUAUGUUAACCCUGACAUUCAUAGUAGUAGCCUUCUUCGUAACGUGGUUACCUAACGCCGUUAGUUUAAUCUAUAAUAACGUGUUGACCAGUGACUACGUGUUGAAUGAAGUAACUCGCUGGAUCACCUUCAGCAACAGCUUGCUCAAUCCAGUUGCUUACGCUAUGGCACAGCCGUUGUUCCGUACCACAAUCGCGAGACUUGUAAAAUGUCGUAAAUGA